AGAAACAGGAAAUGAUGAGGGGGCCUAAUAAGGGUUUUGAGUUAGGGUUUAGUUAGAAGAGGAGAGUGUAGGCAGCAAAAUUGAAAUCAAUGGAUUCGUUCUCGUCGCCUUCAAGCGGAUCAUCUCCACAAUUAUCAACGGAUGACAUCAUGGCUCAGCUUAGGACUCAGCUUGAGCAGGCUUAUGCCGAAGAAUUUCUCGAGGCGACCUUCGAACAAGGAUAAGGUCCUUUUAGAUGGACUCAGCAGACUAGUCCAGACUGUUCGAGGAAAGUGCUUUGACAAGUGUAUCACAAAACCUGGCAGUAGCCUGAGUGGGAGUGAGAGCAGUUGCAUCUCCAGGUGCAUAGAUCGUUACAUGGAGGCCACUGGUAUCAUUGGCAAAGCCUUGUUUAACCAACGCCAUUGAGUCUCAACAUUUUAUUUUACUUUACUUCUAUUGGAUAUUACCUUAAUGAAAGCCAUUGCAUUGUCCGAGAAUGAUUGUUUUUAGACUUGUACUCCUUUUCAUCAUUUUCCAUAUACCUUUCAAUUUCUUCAGCUUUAAGUUGUAUCCAGUGCUUUUUGGAAUCGAAUAACAAUGAAUGGCACAAGCUGUUUAUGCUA